CAAACAUGUUGUACCUAGAAUCUCCUGCAGGAGUUGGUUUCUCCUACUCUGUCAAUACUUCUUAUUAUAACUCUGUCGACGACACGAUGAUAGCAAGAAACAAUCUCGCAUUCCUCCUCAACUGGUUCGAAGAAUUCCCGGAAUACAAGGAGAGAGAUUUAUUCGUCACAGGAGAGAGCUAUGCAGGUCACUAUGUUCCACAACUUGCAAUGCUCAUCGUGCAGUCCAAGUUGUUCAAAUUGAAGGGAAUUGCUAUAGGAAAUCUGCUUCUUGAGUUCAACACUGAUUUCAACUCACGGGCGGAGUUUUUAUGGUCUCAUGGAUUGAUAUCAGAUGCAACCUACGAAAGUUUCAACACAAUCUCACAUUCACCCUUGAAAAUUCAAGUUAUUCAUACAAUAUGCUAUUUGUCCGGACGAACUCAUGAACCCAUUAUAGAACAUGGUGAGCAUACCAUCAGCAGAUUUUAA